UUCCUGUCAUUCAGUUUCCUGAUGUGCACUUGCGCGCUUGCUGAAGCAACUUUAUCAUUCGUUCUAUUUGCUCAGAUAAAAAAUUGUUCUAAAAAAUUGCUACAAAUUGAAGUUAUUACGCGUUAUUGCGCGUAAUUUUGUUUGUAUAGUUAACAUUACAAUUACAGAAGUGUAUUUAACCAUGUAAAAGAAUAAAGUGGUUUUAGUAAAUUCGGUGUGUCAACAAUUCAACGAUGUGUCGACGAAGUCUCGCGUUUUUGUUUUGCGCAUUUUUGCUUAUCGUUUCGUCUUUGGGAGAAGACAAAGAAUACUGGAAAAACUUUACAAAUGACAAUGAACAGAGAGACAAUUCGACAAUGCCACAGAAGCUUAAUGCAAAUCAAGACGAUUUGGCGCACAAUUUGCGCGAAAAUUCCGGCAUCGAUACCGCGAGCAAUGAAAGCAAGAAUUUUACGCACGAACUUCGUGUAAAAUCCAAUGAGAAUGACGAUGCAUGUAAUAAUACUUGUCAAUUAAUCAAGGAUCAUUGCGUGUUUUGGCAGGACUAUUUUGUUUUGCUGCAAUGGCCGAAUGUCACAUCGAGUAAUGCGAACUUAAAGAGAGCGUUUAAGGUUAUAGCCAACGCUACAUGCAAGGAAGAACACUUCUCGUUUAACAAGUAUACGAAUAACGAGAAUGCGAUGUUCUUCGACAACGGCUCUUCGCCUCAAUUACGUCGUGAUAUAUUUAUCUCGCGGAUAUCCGACUGUCUCCUUGCGGAGUACAGAGCAUGGGAGAACAACGUAACUUUUUGCGACUUUACAAUAUAUACCACGAAAGAGACAAUGUGGAUAUAUUUGAUAAUCUUUAAUGCACUUAUGAUAGUGUCCGCAUUGGGUUUGCUGAUGACAUUCAUCGUGUAUUCUGUAUGUCCGGAGCUACGGAAUUUGCACGGAUACGCGUUGCGCUCAUACGUCAUCUCGUUUUUCUUCAUAUACAGUAUUCUGCUCAUCGAAAGUGUCGCAUUAUACAUUAAAGUAGAUCUGAACUAUUUCAGCUGCCUUGGAAUAGCUUUUAUAUUUUACUUCUUCUCAAUAGCAAGCUUUCUGUGGCAAAGUGUAAUAUGCUUCGACAUUUUUUGGACAUUUGGAGGAUUUCGUUCGACACAAAGAAGCGUAAAGCAAUCACAGAGAAAGAUGUACGUAAUGUGUUCUAUUUAUGCAUGGGGAAGCACCUGUGGUUUUAUUAUCAUACUGGCGAUUAUAAAUUUUGUUUCCAAUAUAUCUAAGAAUAUUCAACCAAAAAUGUGCCUCAACAUACUCAAUUUAGCGGAUGAUGCAAUUAAUCCAUACUUCAACACAUUCAUGAGUAUUAUUACUGUCGGUAACAUUGGUUGCUUUAUUUUUACAAUAUUGAAAAUUGUAUGUAUCAAGAAAGACGUUGAUCAUCAUCUGAGAGACUCGGAGAGCAAUUGCAACGAUAACAAUAAGCAAAGGUUUAUCGUGUAUUUAAAACUAUUUAUUCUGAUGGAUAUAAUUACAAGUCUGAGGUGGACUAUAACAGCAGUGUGGAAGUACGGAUCAUUCAAUGUAGCGUAUCCUCUACACAUAUUAUAUGCCUUGCAAGGCAGUAUCGUUUUCAUUUCAUUUGUGUGCAACAAGAAAAUCCUACAGCACUUGCGAAAGCAAUGUGCGAGUUGCAAGAACAGCGGUCCAUUUUACAGAAAAUCGAAGAAUAAUACUUACGUUAGACCCUUACGCACCGCUAUUGACAUGAGAAAGAUGGUCUUGUUAAAAGUCAGCAAACAGGCCAACUAUCACAGGGAAAAUUCGUCUGAAGACAUAACCGAUAACACUACAAUGUAAGAGAAGAUAUAUUUUUUUAUUGCGACGUUGUGAUAAUGGAUUAAGUUUUUUUAACAUGUUACUAUAAAUACAAUCAAUGUAAAGAUAUGUUUGAAAAUAUAUUAUAUUUUGAUAUGUAA